CGGCGAGCGUGGGAGGCGCCGAGGGAGCGGGCAGCCCGCCGAGCCGCGCUCCCGUCCCGCUCGGCAGGCACGGCCGGCGGCGGCAGGCGGGCGGCGGCGAUGCCGCGGGCAGGCGGCCCCCCGGGGGGCCCGGGCACGGCGCUGCUGGCCCUGGCGCUGGCGCUGGCGGGGUCCCCGGGCGGCGGGCAGCACUACGACUACUACGGCUGGCAGCCCGAGAGCCUGCCCCACGGGCGCUUCUACGGGCGGGAGCCGCAGUGCCUCGACAUCCCGCCCGACAUGCAGCUCUGUCGCGACGUGGGCUACAAGCGCAUGCGGCUGCCCAACCUGCUGGAGCACGAGACCGUGGCCGAGGCCAAGCAGCAGGCCGGCAGCUGGGUGCCCCUGCUCGCCAAGCAGUGCCACACCGACACCCAGCUCUUCCUCUGCUCCCUCUUCGCCCCCGUCUGCCUCGACCGGCCCGUCUACCCCUGCCGCUCCCUCUGCGAGGUGGUGCGUGACUCCUGUGCCCCCGUCAUGGAGUCCUACGGCUUCCCCUGGCCCGAGAUGCUGCACUGCGGCAAGUUCCCCUCCGACCACGAGCUCUGCAUCGCCGUCCAGUUCGGGAACAGCAAGGCCACCCCGCCGCCAGUGUCCAAGAUCUGCACCCAGUGCGAGAUGGAGCACAAGGCGGAUGGCAUGAUGGAGCAGAUGUGCUCCAGUGACUUUGUGGUGAAGAUGCGCAUCAAGGAGAUGACGGAGGAGAACGGGGAGCGGCGGCUAGUGGCUGCCCAGAAGAAGAAGGUGCUGAAGCUGGGCCCACUUAAGCGCAAGGACACCAAGAAGAUGGUGCUGCACAUGAGGAACGCAGGUGCCUGCCCCUGCCCCCAGCUUGACAGCCUCAGCGGCAGCUUCCUGGUGAUGGGCCGCAAGGUGGGCGGCCGCCUGCUCCUCCUCGCCAUCUACCCCUGGCAGAAGAACAACAAGGAGAUGAAGUUCGCCGUCAAGUUCAUGUUCUCCUACCCCUGCCCCCUCUACCACCCCCUGCUCUACGGGGCCGGGCAGCACUAGGGCUCUGCCCACCCUGCCCUGUCACAGGACUCCUGCACUGGCCUGACGCUGCACCCCUGGCACCCCAGCUGCACCCCUGGCAUCCCUGGUUGCACCCCAGGACCCUGGCUCUGCUCCCCUCAGCCCCUUGGCUGUGCCCCAGGACCCUGCUCUGCACCCCCAGGAUUCCCAGCUGCAUUUGUGGGAACCUUGAUCCACAGCCAGGACCCCUGCCCCCUGCUGAGAGCCCUGCUCUGCACCCCUGGGACCCCUGUUCUGCUCCCAGGACCCCCGCCCACACCCAGGAGCUUAGGCUGAACCCAAGACCCUUGCUCUGCAUGCUUGUGAGCCCUGGUCUGCACCAGCGAUCCUUGGCUACUCCCAAGCCCCCUGCCUGGCACUCCAUGGACCCUUGCCUGCACUUCGGAUCCCUGCUUGGCCCUCUUGGGACCCCUUGGCUGCACACGAGACCCCUACCCUGCACCCCUGUGUCCCCUGCCCAGCUCCCUGGUAACAUGCCCCAGACCCUCAGCCCCGCCAAAUCCCUACUCCACCCCACCAAAGCAUCCCAUGCCCUCACCUUGAGCUCACACCCCAGCCCUGGAUUAUCCCACCUUCGCAGGGACCCACGCUAGCUGAGGCAGGACCCUCCUGUCCUGCUGUCCCCGCAGACUGGCCCCCUCAAGACCAAGUGCCCGGAGCAGCGUGGCCCCUGCCUGGGCUGCCCCACUCUUCCCAUCCCACAUGGCUCAGUGAGGAGGGGGGUCCACCUCUAAGCCCCCCAGAGGAGCUCUGCUGCAUCCCUUGCACACACCCCUGCCAAGACCGAGCCCAGGCACCCCUUGUCCAUCCACACCACAGUAAAUUAUUCUGCCUCAGAGAAGCCUG